ACACAUGGCUGUCGGAUCGUAGCUCUACCCCUAAUACCUGUAAGUUAUACAGUGGAGAAAUAACAGCUCUUGAACCAAUGCUCUUUGCUGUUUCGGGCUCAAAGACCUGUGGUUCGAGAACAUGUAAGACUCCUUCAGCUGUUAUUGAUUCACGAUCAACAUCUACAGAUCCUAAAGUCCUGGAUGCUCUUACAGAUUCCGAGUGUGAGGAUACUAAGACAGCAAGUAUAUGGUCAGCAAACCUGAAUACACUUGGAACUGAAGCUUCAUUUGUUUUGGACUAUGGCUGCCCACUGAGGUUUACAGGACUAAAGAUCCAAAACUCACACAAAGGAACCCUGGACUGUUGUGGCACUAAGGAGUUUACACUGCUUGGGUCUAAUGAUAUGAGAACAUUUACAACGCUUGUUGAUGGAACUCUAUCUCCAGCAAAGGGACUGAGCUGCAAUGUUUCUGAAGACAGGUUUACUUUUACUGCAAAGAUGAACUUCCGGUUUCUCAAGUUUCAACCAAAUUCAUUUGAACGGUCUGCAGAUGCCAGCACCCAGAUAACUCUAGCAUCCUUCAAACCAGAAAUAAUGGAGACUCCUGAAGGAUAUUUAACCUGUUCUGCCACAAGACCUAACUCUGCUCAAAAGGAAAACUUGCAAUCCUAUGGUUACUACUUCUCUACUCGGCACUGUGCUGAAAAAUGUCGGCAAAGGGGAAAAUCUUACUUCUCAAUACAGAAUAAGGAUUGCUACUGUAUGGAUAGCUAUUCUAGUACUGAUAUAAUUCCCUUUCAAGAUUGCUCUUCAUCACAAUAUCAGAUUUAUAACUUGACAGCUUUCCCUAUAUCAUCAUCCUGUGCUGAACUAUACUUUAAGCACCAAGUUUUUGGAGGAGACUUAUACAGGAUAAAAUUCAACAAUAACCAAUUUGAUGUGUACUGUGACCUCUCCCAGCCAUCAGGGUCAGUAGGGCAGUCUAAUGAGAAAUUUGCUCAAAGUGCCCUGAUGAUGUCUGACAAGGACUCUAUAGAGAAAGAUAGUUCUAAGUCCAUAAGAGUGACACAGGGGAAAUUAUCUAAUGUGAAACUGUAUGAAUAUCCUGAGCUGGACUAUCCUAGAUCUAGAUUCUCCUGGGAUUUUUCUUAUGGUGAUACAAUAAUAUUUGACCUUAAGCAGAGGUCAGGCAUGAUUUGGGGAAUAUAUUUUAAUAAAACUGAGUUUACCUCCGAUAUUUCAAUGGAAAUUUCUAUUGGAUAUUACAAAGAUGUUCAAUACAGUCACAGUAACCCAGACUGGAUCAGUCCAAGACGAAAAAAUUCUUCGGAGGAAGAAAGAUGGGAAACUACAUUUACACCUGCUAAAAUGGACAGUAAUGGUAUCAUUUACUUUUCUGAUUCUAACGAUCCAAACUAUUUGAUGUCCUUUGUUGCAAGCCGUGUGAGAGUAAAGAAAACUGCAGGACCAGAGAAACUCUUCUUUGAUUUUGUAGGAGGGUUUUAUGAUUAUGAUAAAGCCAAGGUUGGACAGGAUGGAUGGAGCUCUACCUAUAUUGGAGUCUAUGCCCUUACAGAUGACACAUCACCUGAGUAUAAUUAUGCUACCCCUGAGUCGUGUACAUAUCAAUGCAAUGGUGCGGAUCAAAAUGGAAGAGUAUAUUUUGCUGCACGUAGACUGAAAACCAACUACUUUAAGUGCAAAUGUUUAUCUAGAGAUUUAUCAGUUAUUCUUGGAAAUAUUGAUAAACAGACAUCUGAUCCUUCAUUUUCAACAAUCUGUGAUACUGGGCCUAAAGUAGCUUUAGCGGAUGCAAAUACAGCGCUUUUAGAAUACCUGACUACAAGUACAGAUGAACUAAAAACUCCUGAUGUACCUUCUAAUACAACCAUAGUAAACAUAUGCAAUGUUGAUCGUGUCAUAAAUGUUAUUACAGUGUACAUGGCAUAUUUUCUGGGAUUGAACAUUAAUACCAUUGUAAACAGUUAUGUUUAUUCUCCCACUGUUACUUACACAUAUCCUUUGGGAAAUAACACUCAGAUACCUAAUUCACUGACAAACUUCCCAAAUUUGGAACAAGCAUUUUGGACUAUAGUUAAUCAGUAUUCCUCAACAACAGAACCAGGACUGCGUCAAGGUAAAGAUGACUACUGGUGUCCUGAGAUGGGAGAUGUUGUCACUGCGCAUUGUUUAAGACAUGUUCAAAGAUGUGGGCCAGAGAUCCAAAAUAGAAAUUACCACUGUGGCAAUUUGAUUUGGAAAUUCUUCAUGGAGAACUGUUAUCGUACUCUGAAUCAAAGUGUAUCAAACAGACCUAAUGGACCAAAUCAGUUUUGCCUGAAUUCCGACUACACCAACAAUCAAGUAUAUCCUUAUCGUGUGUAUAGAAGAUGGAGCCGAGAGUGCGAUGAAUUAGCUGACUAUAUCUAUACAUAUUCAAAUAGAACUUUAGGUAAUGGUUUUAUGUAUAUAACAACAGCGCCAUCAGAAUUCAGUCGUUAUCAUAGAAUACCUGGAUCUGUACAGCGAUAUGUUUGCAGGAGUGGCUGGGCUCUGGAGAACAGCUCCAAUCCUGCUCAGGAGUUUAGCUGUAUGGGGAACAGAAAAGCUGACUUUGGCACUCCGUCCAUAUGCUUCCCAUUGACCUGUAAGGAGCCACCAAGUCUAACCAGUAAUAAGAUAACUCAUAAUUGGAAUGGAGUCACUAAAAUCUUUGGUAGUGGAAUUCUCUACAGUUGUCCUCCAGGAAAUGCUUUUAAGGGGAAAAAUGGAACCUGGACACCAACAGGGUAUGGGAACUGCACCUACCAACCUGGAGAUACUAUUCAACCCUACUGGGACUUCAAUGAAACCUAUCCAGUAUCGGACUGCAAACCUUAUUGUCUUGACAGAGACCUCCCUUUAACUCCAGUCAGAUCUUCUAAAACAAAUUCUUCAAUGGGGAAUGAAAUAGGUCAAGUAGUGAAGUUCACCUGCCAUGAAGGAUUUGAAUACAUAGAAAAUAUUACUGUAACAACUGAAGUACUGACAACAGGUCAAACAACAGCAACUCCAGUAACAACAGCAGCUCAAGUAACAACAGGAACUCCUACAACAACCGUAGCUCCUACAACAACAGCUGCACCAAUUCUAACCACUUUAUUGCAAGUUUUAACCACAACAACAACAACAACAACAACAACAACAACUACAACUAAUUCCUUAAUUGGCUGUUGUUCCCAAUUAAAGGUGUGGGAAAAAUACGGCAAAGAUGGUGUACCAGAUUUAAUGGAUGCAGAAGUAAGGCCUGACUUAAAUGCCUACACUAAAGUUAAUGAUGACAAACACAGGUUUUACAGAGAGGGAAACUUCUGGAUUUACCAAAAAACGGGAGAAACUGAGCCCAGAGACAAAUCUAGAGAAUAUAAUCCACCUGGAGAUCCUGUACCAACAUGUAUUGACAAAUCCACUGGAUGGGUAUCUGGAACAAACCCAGUAUGUAACGCUGCCGGUCGUAGAAAACGGCAGACCGGAGCAAAUCUUGACCUUGUGCAUGAACGAGAAGUUGAAUGUGUUGAGUGGUUGGGAGGAUCAGACGCUGCUCGCUGGAAAUAUGUUUAUGAAAUUCCUCGAUAUUGUCAUAGAAUCAAUUGCACUAUUGGAGAACUUCCUGACUUAAUCAAUACCAGACCUGAUGUUAAAACUGUUAACUGGGAUAAAACAAGUGUUUACUACGAAAUAUCAAUACCACACCAGUGUAAAGAGUUUGGGAAAGCAUUCCAGCGCGAAAAUGGAUCUUUCUAUCCUACCUUUUACACCACAUGUCAAAGUGAUAAAAAUUGGACAUCAACAUCAAUACCACAUCCAUGCGAGUGGGAAAAAUGUGUUAAUCCUCCUACCCCAGACGAAUCCAGUAACCUGGUUUUAAGAUGGAACAAAAAUUUCCCCCCUUCUCAUAACCAAACUGUAACAUAUAGAUGCAAUGCUGGAGGUUUUAACAAAUUGGAAUCCAACUUCUCUAUAGAUACAUACAAUCUUACUUGUCUCCCAAACAACACUUUUUCAACACCAUCCUGGCCAACAUGUUUAAAUGUAACUUACUGUGAUCCCUUUGCUUUGGAAACAGAUCUCAUUUUAACAAAUUCAGUAGUGAACACAACCUUCAAUCAUACCACAGGAUGGAUCUGUGCCGACAAAAGAUAUUCACCGCAAAAGAUAGGAUCAAACCACACACAAGAUCCUUACCCUGGUUUAUGUGACUGGAACACAAACUUUACUGUAUCUCCAUCAGACUUGGAGUGUAAACUAUUAUAUUGUGUAAAUGGAUCAGAUAUACCAACUGAGCUAAAUUAUGACAAAGUAUUCAUUGAUUCAACUAAUAACAUAUAUGAUGUCUCAGCUCAAGAACGAGUAGCGAUGAGUAGCUACUUAAGAUAUCGUUGCAAACCUAAUUUCUACAUUAAAAAUGACACAGUUAAAAGAUCUUCUGCAUCCAAUUCAGCAAGGGUUUAUUGUGAAGAUGGGUUAUUUAAAUACCCUAACCCAUGGCCUGAAUGUGUUGAUGAUAUAAUAUGCCCAGAUCCAGGAUCAACAAAUGAGCUCAUUAGAACAAAUAAGACUCAAUCUUUUAAUUACACAUACGAUUCUCAGUUUGAGUAUAAAUGCAAGGACUUAAGAAGUUAUGUCAAAACUACAAAUGUAAGUGUACCCGUGGCACCUAGCGUUGUGUCAACAUGCCAAUGGAAACAAACCUAUGAUAUAGAUGGAACAACUCUCAAAUGCGUCAUUCAUCAUUGUGGACAUCCCCAUAUUGGAAAUGGUUCACAUCAAGAACCCCCUCCAGAAAACAACAUUGAACUGGUGGUUACUCAAAAUAUAACAAACAAUUUUGUUUCCUUUGGUUCUACAGUUAUGUACAAAUGUAAAACUGGAAUGUUUAUAGAAAAUAUGGAAAUCGAUCCAACACAGAAUAACAUCACUGUAGAAUGUUUGGAUACUGGAGAAUAUAAUAUCCCCAGUGUUUGGCCUAAAUGUGCUCAAAGUAUACUAUGCCCAGAUCCAGGAUCAACAAAUGAGCUCAUUAGAACAGAUAAGACUCCUCAACCUUUCAACUUUACAUAUAAUUCUCAACUAGAGUAUAAAUGCAAGGAUUUAAGAAGUUAUGUCAAAACUACAAAUGUAAGUGUACCCGUGGCACCUAGCGUUGUGUCAACAUGCCAAUGGAAGAAGACAUAUAACAUAGAUGGAACAACUCUGCAAUGUGUCAUUCACCAUUGUGGACACCCUAAUGUUGGGAAUGGUUCACAUACAGCUCCAUUUCUUGUAAAUAAUUUUAAACUAACUCCAACCGAUAACAUAACAAACAGUUUUGUAUCAUUUGGAACGUUGGUUAUGUAUGAAUGUCUUCCCUCCAUGUUUAUAGAAAAUUCUGAAGUAGAUCCAACUAAAACGAAUUUCACAGUAAAAUGCCUAGACACUGGACUGUAUGAACUACCUUCACAAUGGCCGAAUUGUACCCGAACUAUUAAUUGUGGAGCUCCCCCAUCUAGACCAGAUGGUGGAAAUAUGACAUGGAUUAGGGGUACCCAAAACUCGGACACCUACAAUUCUACAAUACAAUACUUCUGUAAGAAUGGAUCCCAAUUUGAUACAGAUUCAGUGGAGGGUGGGGAUGCUAUCUCAGUUAAUAUAAGGUGUCAGUGGAACAAAAAUUGGUUCCCAUACAAAACAACUCUACCUACUUGUAAGAUAACUCAUUGUAUAACUCCUUUCCCAAUCCCUCCAGAUACAAAACUGAAGGAAAUUACAAGUGCCUGGACACCAAUUAACAAGAAAAAGGAAUAUGAAUGCAGAAAUAAGAGACUAUCAGAUAAUGCACAUACAAUGUACUGGGAGUCAGAUAGGUCAAAAUCUACAUUUUCAAUGGAGUGUAAGCCAGAUGGAACUUAUGAUUUUGUGGACGUAAGAGGAAACUGGCCAACCUGUUUAGUUGAUAUCCAGUGUGAUAUACCUCCAGUUAUACCUACUAAUCCAGAGUAUAUUCUAAAUAAAGAUGAUGGAAGAGUACUUGUGAGGCGCUUUGAAUAUCCUCUUCCUACAACUUCCAUUUCAGAAACUUUAACGUCCGAAGUUAACAACACACUUAUUUCAAGAAAUUUCAAUACAACGCUUGUGUAUAAAUGUGGGUCAGCUAGAAAAUUCAAAAAACCUGAUGGAGGGUUUUAUGAACAAAUGACAAUGACCUGUCAGUGGAACAAGAUUUGGACUCCAUUUCAAAAUAUUUUGGAAUGUGAUUGGGUAGAAUGUCUAAGGCCUCCAGAACCACCAAAGGAAUCUAAUCUAGCAUUGACAAAUUGGUUUGGAGAGACAAUUCCAUUUGGAGGAAAAGCAAAGUAUGUCUGUAAGCGAGGAAUGCUGUUUGAGGAUGAUCCAGCACAGGAAGACGUUGUUUAUACCUGUCAGGAUGGAACAGUUCCUAAUUCAAAGCGAGGUUUCUUCAAUGUUCCGGACACAGACAGUGAUUGGCCCAGAUGCCUUCAAGCUCCUCUCUGUCCUGCUCCCCCUGAAACUCCUGUUGAGGGUGUUCAGGAGUAUCUUCCAGAUGUAUUUGGACUUGAGCCUGAAAAGGGCUGUGGUCUGGAUAAUGAGCCUGUUCCAGUAAAAUGUCACUCAAUAUUUAGUGUCUAUGUUCAGAAUGCCUACAUAGGUAGAUACAAGGAUUCUGGUAGAGAGCUCUGUAAUGGAACUAAAGGCCAAGAUGCUAGCACAAGACAAGAUUGUAUAAAUACAAGCAUUACCAGCAUGUUCCAAAGUAACUGUCAUGGAAAGUUUGAAUGCUCAAUAAAAGCAACUUCAACUGAUUAUGUUACAAACUGUACUACUCCAAAGUUAGAAAUCGGUUUCUCAUACAUUUGUGUUACCUGUUAUCCUUGGCAAGAGCUUUCCUCUGCUAGUACAUGUUUAAGGGACUUAUUGGUCAAAAACUCUUGGGCAACAGAAAAUGAUCUUGUCAAUUCAACUGUUGAUGACCAUAAAAGAAUGAUCUUGUUGAAAUUGUCAAAGAAGCUCAAUAGAACAAUUCAUACUCUGGUGGAUUUAAGUCAGCGGGAAGUCAGGUCUCCAUCAGGAGGGUUGUGUGGUCUUGGUGCAUUAUUAGCAGCUCUACAGGAUACAAUAUUUACACCCUCUCAGUUAACAACACAAACUUAUGAAUCUAUGAGAGAAGUUAUUUUUAUGGAGAUGAAACUGACUCCAGAUCAGUCUGAAGAUGCAGUUUUAUUGAAAAAAUUCUAUAAAUUUGUUUGCAAUGAACUGGGACGACAAAAACGUGACUUGACAAAAGUUCAAGGAAAUAUCAGACAAAAAAGAGAAGUGGAGACAGAAGACCAAAUCCUUAGAAGAUCUUAUGGAUCAAAUCUUAGGUAUGAAUGUGGCUUGGCCAGAAAAUUUCAAGACCCCAAAACUAAGAAAUUAUACAGUGAACGAACAAUAACUUGUAAUUGGAAUGGAACUUGGACACCAGCAGAUACGCUAGAUAAAUGUAUCUGGACUCAUUGUCUUUACCCCCCAAAGCCUCCACCUGAGACAAAUCUGAAGUCAGUCUGGAACGGCAACCCAAUUCCCUUUGGAAAUGCCACUGGAUACUCCUGCGUCAAUAAGGAGCACUUUUUUGAGAUGGAUAAAAAUUUGGGACAAUGGAAUAUAUCCUGCUUAGCAGAUGGGACUUUUACUACACCUUCUGUAUGGCCUGUUUGUGUUAAAAGUAUUAACUGUUCAAGUCCCCCUCCUAAGCCUGAUGCUGGGACAUGGGAAUGGGAUGGAAGUUUAUCAUAUCAGAAUAAAAUCAAGUAUACCUGUGGACCAUAUGGUAAGUUUUGCACUGACAAAACUAACUGUCAAAAAGAGUUGUAUGCUGAAUGUUUGUGGAAUAAAACAUGGAGUCCACCGAUCCUUCCAAACUGUGCAGCCACUGCAUGUCAGGAUAUACCAUUCCCUCCCCGAGAGAUUGGUUUUGUUUACAGUCCUGAUGCUAAGAAUAACAUGACUCUGAUAUCAGAUUAUGGAAUGUAUAAUCCUCCCAUUCCCAUGACAAUCAAUUUUCCUGGUCCCAGUCAAUGUGAUGGGCGCAAAAAGCUUCUAAUUGUUGGCAAAAUACCAGCAAAAAUGAAAAAGGUUCCUGAAAUAAUUUUGCAUGGAGCAAAAGGAGAUGAAGCUCUCCACAUAAUUAUAGACCCAAUGAGAGAAUUUAUCCAACGUUCUGGACAGAUUCAGGGUGUUGUUGAUAUUGUGGAUGGAAAACCAUUUGAAGGAACAACGAUCGACUUUGAUGAACCGUUCAUUUUGAAAAUACGUUGUGACGAUGAUGGUUGGGCAGUACAAGCUAAUGAUGAUCCACCCUAUCCUUACUAUCUGCAUCUGUUUCCUAUGACAGAGGUCAAAUCUUUGGAGAUCAGAGGAGAUGUUCAAUUAAGCUAUGCUGGUUUUGGAGAUGCAAAUCUAUCUCCAGCUCCCCCUGUUGGGUUCAACUUGACCUUUAGAUGUCCAGAAGGUCAAGUGUUUGAUUAUGAUUGGUUUGCCACUCCAUUUGUCAUGUCUACAUGUCAGGAAAAUGGAGCUUUUGAUGCUCCUGAUGAUUGGAGUCAAUAUCAAUGUGUUUGGCCAACAACAACAGAGUGCUUUGAUUGUACAACAACAAGUAAGUAUAUUUGAAUUUUUUUAUCAAAAAAAUUAUGAAUUUUUAUUGAAAUCUUUCAUUGAGGAAAGCAGAAACCUUUAUAGCUCAUAAAGAUAUAUUUCAAAGGUUAUUAAUAAUUUUGAUUAUUAAUAAUUAUGAAAUAUUUCACAAUAGUUCCAAUAAAUACAGUGAUAACCAGAAAACAUUGUAAUACUUGUCCUCUUCUUUUUUCUAUUGAUUAAAAAUUUUACAGAUAAAAUUUAUUUAUAAAUACAUUAGUUGCAAUAAUUGCAAAUUACAAAAUUGUCAUGGACAUUUCUUAAUUAAAAGAAGAACAAAGCUGGCGUUUAAUUCAUAGUUUCCUCUUCUCACUGUAUAAAUAUAUAUCUUGUACAAAACAAGAUUAUUAUGGUAUUUUAAUGAAUGCAUGAAAAAAAUAAUUACGAUCUUAUAAAAUCAGGAUAAUCCAGGUAUUUGUUUAUAGUAUUUUAAUAGUAUUUAACUAAAAUUUUACUUAGAUCCACUAAAACAAUUAUUUGUAUUAAAAUGUACGAAUCUCUGUCAAGAACUGGGUUCAAGUCAAUUUUGCAUAAAUUGGCAAGGAACCCAGAGAACAAAAUUUAACUUGUCAGUUUUGAGAAAUGUUUAUGAACUGUUUUGCUUCAGAAAUGAUAAUUUUCAAGUGACCCUUCUGAUUCACAUUGGUACCCUUGAAACCUUUACAAGAUGAGAUAAUGUAAAAGAACAUUGUCGUUCUUGCAGGUUUAUAAGUGUUUAAUUCUAAUAAUUCCUGAAUGUUUUCCUAAUGUAAAAAUGCGCAGUCACUGUUGUAGCGAAACCAUAAUUAAAAAUUAUCAGUUUUUAGUAUCUAGUUCAUACAUUGAUCAUACAAAGUCUUUAAGAGUACCUUUGCGAUUCGGGCAUUGCGAUUGUUGCAUGAAGGAUCACUUAAAAUUAUAGCGAUUACAGUUCUUUUAAAAAGAUAAUGAACAUAAUACAAUAAUUAUUCUUUUAAGUAACAAAACCAUUACCUCAUUUUGUCUGAUAAACUAUUGCAUAGAAUUCCCCUUUAAUUUCUAUUUUCAGGUUAACAGAAUUAUUUUGUGAAUCGUUGAUUUUAUAUUUUCUUCAGUAAUCUUGGUUUAAAUUGAAUUUCAACUUUUUAAAUCUUUAAAGAUUCAAGAA